AUGGAGGGAGGCAGAUCAGAAACUUCUGCAGCUGAAGUGAGUGAGGAAAUAAUUUAUACUUCUGUCAAAUUCUCUCAGACCUCUCCACUGAGGGCUAAAGCUGCACAGGGAAAAAGAGCUUCCUGUUUGUGGCCCGCAGCUGUGCUGGGGUUGGCUAUAGGCUUUGGGAUACUGAGCAUUUCCCUAGCGGUUGCUUUAAUUUGGAAGAUGAGUGGCUCUCCCCCCCUCUGCCCUGAGCAGUGGGUGGCCUACAGAAGGAGCUGCUACUCCUUUUCCAAGGAGAAGAAGGACUGGCAUUCCAGCCAGGAAUCAUGCAGGGCACAGGGAGCUCACCUCCUGGUGAUCAGCGAUACCUGGGAAAUGGACCUGUUCAAGAGUAUUCAAACAGAAUGUUUCUGGAUUGGACUGAGAAACAGCACGGGCACUGGAUGGAUUUGGGAAGAUGGCUCUAUAUUCAAUGGCACCAGGGUCUUCUCUAACAGCCCUGUGCAACACUGUGUUGUCCUGAUACAAGAUCACUUUCAGGCCUCCAGCUGUGAAUUUUCUGCUCCAUGGAUUUGUGAGAAACCUCUUGCAUAA